UGGAGUCCAGAUACUGUGGGCGGGCGGAGGCACUUCCGCUCACAGAAGGCGAGGUCGGCUCGGCGAUUUCGUUGGGGAAGCCUGACCUGCCCACGCUCUGCCUUUUCCCAGGAGGAAAUGAACAAUGACCAAGUUCCAGGAAGCAGUGACCUUCAGGGACGUGGCCGUGGUCUUCAGCGAGGAGGAGCUGGGGCUGCUGGACUCUGCCCAGAGGAAGCUGUACCGAGACGUGAUGCUGGAGAACUUCAGGAACCUGCUCUCCGUGGGAUAUCAGUCCUUCAAACCAGAUAUGAUAUCUCAGUUGGAGAGAGAGGAAAAGCUUUGGAUGACGGAGAUCCAAACCCAAAGAGGAAACAGGAAUCAAACGAUGGAGAUUCUUCAUGAAGCAGGGUUAAGAUGCCUUUCACUGGGAGAGCUUUCACAUUGGCAAAUCAAGGAACAUGUUCUAAACAAACUAACUCAAAGUCAAGGCCCCAUAGUAAAUAUCCGGGGAAAGGGUUCUUGGUUCUCCAGGCUGUGUGAUUCCUCCUGCCAUGUGAGAGCAGAAGAACCUUGUCAGGCAUCCACAGAGGACAGCUGUCUUGUGAAUCUUGUAGGGGAUCAUUCCAUUGUUACUGAAAAUCAAGAAUUUCCAACUGAAAGAGCACAGAGUCCCUGGAGUAAAAUAUAUCUCAGUGCGACACAGAACCAUCAGAAAAGUUAUACGCCACCUAAGAUGAAAAACAAAUUACGUAUUUUUGCUCCAUGUGUUGACAUUUUCAGUUGUAUUUCCCGCCACCAUGAUGAUUCCAUAGUGUACAAAAUGGAUGAAGUUCACAGCAGCAGCACAUGUGGUAAAGAUGUCCUAAAGGUGUCAGCACUUACUCCGCAUUGUAUUUACACAGGACAGAGAAGCUACCAGUGUAGUGAAUGUGAGGCAGCUUUCAGUGACAGCUAUGAUCUUGAACUUCAUCAGCAGGUGCACUUGAGAAAGAAGUCCCCGAUGUGCAGAGUAUCUGAGGAAGAUACCAGUUAUAGUCCAAGUAUUCCUGUUCAGCAAAAUGUUCGUACAGGGAAAAAGCGCUAUUGGUGUCAUGAAUGUGGCAAGGGUUUCAGUCAGAGCUCAAAUCUGCAGACUCAUCAGAGGGUCCACACAGGGGAGAAACCUUAUACGUGCCCUGAGUGUGGUAAGAGCUUUAAUCAGAGCUCACAUCUGUAUGCUCAUUUGCCUAUUCACACAGGAGAGAAGCCCUACAGGUGUGACAGUUGUGGAAAGGGCUUCAGUCGAAGCACCGAUCUUAACAUUCACUGCAGAGUUCACACUGGGGAGAAACCUUACAAAUGUGAGGUGUGUGGGAAAGGCUUCACCCAGAGAUCCCAUCUACAGGCCCAUGAAAGAAUCCAUACUGGAGAAAAGCCAUAUAAAUGUGGUGACUGUGGUAAACGCUUCAGUUGUAGCUCGAAUCUUCAUACCCAUCAGAGAGUCCACACUGAGGAAAAACCAUACAAAUGUGAUGAGUGUGGGAAAUGCUUCAGUUUGAGCUUUAAUCUUCAUAGCCAUCAACGAGUGCACACAGGAGAGAAACCAUAUAAAUGUGACGAGUGUGGGAAGGGUUUUAGUUCAGCCUCCAGUUUCCAGAGCCAUCAGAGGGUCCACACAGGAGAGAAACCAUUUCGAUGCAAUGUGUGUGGUAAAGGCUUCAGUCAGAGUUCAUAUUUUCAAGCCCAUCAGAGAGUCCACACUGGAGAAAAACCUUACAAAUGUGAGAUAUGUGGGAAGCGCUUUAAUUGGAGCUUGAAUCUCCACAAUCAUCAGAGAGUCCACACAGGAGAGAAACCCUACAAGUGUGAGGAAUGUGGUAAAGGUUUCAGUCAGGCCUCAAACCUUCAAGCUCAUCAGAGUGUCCACACCGGGGAAAAACCAUUCAAAUGUGACGCAUGCCAGAAGCGAUUCAGCCAAGCCUCACAUCUUCAAGCCCACCAGAGAGUCCAUACUGGUGAGAAACCCUAUAAAUGUGCUACAUGUGGUAAGGCCUUCAGCCAGAGAUCAAAUCUUCAAGUCCACCAGAUCAUCCACACUGGUGAGAAACCUUUUAAGUGUGAGGAGUGUGGGAAAGAAUUCAGUUGGAGUGCGGGUCUCAGUGCUCAUCAGAGGGUUCACACUGGAGAGAAGCCCUACACAUGUCAGCAGUGUGGGAAAGGCUUCAGUCAGGCCUCACAUUUCCACACACACCAGAGGGUCCACACUGGAGAGAGGCCUUACAUAUGUGACAUCUGCUCUAAGGGCUUCAGUCAGAGAUCACAUCUUGUCUACCAUCAAAGGGUCCACACUGGAGGGAACCUGUAGAAUUUGAGGUGUGAAGUAGCCUUCAUCUAGAGCUCAUGUCUGUCUUCAGGAGGCCCCAGUUGACUGUAGGAAACUUUUCAGAACUGAGAAGCUCCUUAAAUGAUGUGCUUUAACGACUCAAGAUUAAUUCCUUACAAAUAUCAGAUUUAACAGAAAACUUUGUUCUACAAAUGUGACCAGUGUUUAUACCCAACUACCAAAAUGUCACCAUUCUCUGGAUGUGACACAGCAGAAGAAUCAACAUUCAUCAGAGUGUACCAGGAGAGAGGCCUUAUACAUGAAGAUUAUGGGCAAGACUUUAAUGAAAGUAUGAUUGACAGAACUGAUGUCAAAGAAAGUGUAACUUCCACUAGGGAGGUUCUCCUCACUGUCUCUGCUAUGCAGAGCUGCGCUUGGCUCAUAAUAAGGUCCAGCAGUUUCUGAAGAAAGUGGAGGACAUCCUUAUAAUUAGGACCUAUAUAUAAAAAUGCCAGUCAGUUCUCUACUUUAUACUCAUUAAUUUAUAUUCAUAAGGAAUCCUGAAGUAGCCUUAAUGACAGUUUCAGGAAACAGUAAAGUAUAAAAAAAUAAAUACUCCUUAAUGAUAAUUUCAGGAAAUAGGUAUAAAAAAUUAAUACUGCCAUCCGUGGUAGUACAAACUUGGACAAAAGACUUGGAAGUCACUUCCGCCCAUCACAGCUUCAGUUCUUUGUACAGUGUAUCAAUUGUAUACAGUGUAACUUUUUAGUACUGUUUAUAGACAAAAAGCACUUUUUUAUUAAUGUGACACUACAAUUUAUAUAAUUAUUAUUUGGGUGCCCUAAUUAAGGUAGGGUUUUACUGUAACUGAAAAUGUUAAAAGCGAUGACUGAUGACAAAGUUUCUUAGUAAAUUUAAUUCUUA